AUGACCAUGGCUGCCUCUGUUACAUCACUGCUGCCAGCGUCCGUAAUCCCUGCGCGCGAUGCUAGCUCAUUCCACGGAGAAUCGUCUAAACGAUCCCUCCUUAAACCUUUACUCGGUCGUCAUGCUGAUCUUGCCGCCUUGCGCGGGAAUCCGGGCAUCAGGAAUCGGACGAAACUCGCUUCACCUUACGGCCGCGAUUCCGUGCAACCACACGAUGAACGGACUUUCCGCGUGCGCGCAGCAGCCACUGCGGGCAGCGCAGCGGCAGAUUCAGCGGAGGCCGAGAGCACAGUGGCGGAAGACAUGAAGCAGCGGAGAGGCCUCCGCGGCAAAACCGAGGCUGACGUCAUCGUCAUCGGUUCCGGAAUCGGCGGGCUCUGCUGCGGCAGCCUCCUCGCGCGCUACGGCCGCGACACGCUCGUGCUCGAAAGCCACUACCUCCCGGGCGGCGCGGCGCACGGAUUCACGCGAAACGGCUUCUCGUUCGACACGGGCCCAUCGCUGUUCUCAGGAUUGUCGUCGCGCGGCCCGCAGGCGAACCCGCUCGCGCAGGUUCUCGACGCGCUGGGGGAGACCGUGCCGUGCGCGGCGUACGACAGCUGGAUGUGCUACCUGCCUGAAGGCGACUUCCUCUCCCGCAUCGGCCCGUCUCACUUCAUUGAGGUCUUACAGCAGCGAGUGGGGGAGGACGCUGUGCGCGACUGGCGCAAGCUCAUGGCAGUGGUGGAGCCUCUAGCCGGGCCCUCCAUGGCCCUUCCCCCAGCCGCUCUCCGUGCUGACCCUGCUGUGCUGCUCACCGCAGGGCUGAGGUACGGGCCGAGCUUGCUCCGCACGUUCGGCAACGCUGGGCCUGCAGCUGCGCUCAAUGCAUCUAAGCUGAUGGGUCCGUUCUCCUCGCUAGCCAACUCAGUGGGAGUGAAGCACCCCUUUGUGCGCAACUGGAUCGACCUGCUUCUCCUUCCUGCUGUGUACAUGUUUGCAGAGUGGUACAAGCCAGGGAGCGUCAUGGAGUACCCUCUCGGCGGCCCAGAGGCGAUUAUUGAGGCGCUUAUAAGGGGGAUGGAGAAGCACGGCGGGCAGCUCUCCCUGAACUGCCACGUGGACAGCAUAGUGGUGGAGGGCGGCCGGGCAGUCGGCGUAAAAACUUAA